AUGAGCACGAGGCUGCUUUGGGUUGCCGCGCCACUGGUCGCCAGUCUGAGGUUAGAAGUUAUCGUGCCCAGUCUUUGGGCACGCGCCGACCAGCGAGUCAGCUUGCGCCAGCGUUUUCAAGAAUUGGGUCCCGAGCUCCGCGCCAAAGACUAUCGUGUGGAGCUGCAGUUUGUUCUGGGCAACCCAAUCGGAGCAUCUGUGGAUGAGGAAUCGGUGCGCGAGGAGCGUGCCCAGUUCGGCGACUUGGUCGUGCUGGGAGCUCCAGAGAGCGACGAGGAGAUGCUACGGAAAUGUCGGGAACGCCAGGAAGAGUUUCUGAAAGACUUCUUUCGCACCUUCAAGGCCGAUGAAGCUGCCAUCCGCGAUGGCCUGGCUGCCGUGGAUUCGGGUGGUGCCGCCGAGGUUCACGAAGCCCUGGAUGCCCUGCUGAGGCAGCAGCAAGCUCUAGAGGCGUCGUUUACGCGGCAAGCGCAUAUCCUCCCGGCUUACGACGUGCAGCAAUACCGAUCCACGCUGAAGGCUCUGGCUGCAGAAAUCGCAACCAAGAGAGAGCUGCUUGCACCGCGAAAGAAGUUCUCCUUCAAGCGCCGCGCCCCGGCACCGGGGCCGGCACCCGCAGGUUACGGCGAUGUGGAUCCCGCUGCGAAGCCAGCGGACGCGGGCGCAAGCAGCGCAGCGAGUGGGCAAGAUGCUUUCCUCGGCGAGCGCAUCGCCGAGUUGCACGGGGAGCGGAUUCUGCGGAAGCCGGGAGAUCUCGAGGGACGCGACGUGGCACUCAGAGAUCUGCAAGAUUGCCGCAUAGUUCUCCUGGAUCGGAUUGGCGCGCUGCAUGUUCAGCAGCUGACACGCUGCGAGGUUGUGGUGGGAGCGGUCUCAUCCUCCGCGCUGAUUCACUUUUGCAAAGACUGCGUCUUCACCUUGGCGGUCAAGCAACUGCGGCUUCACGACUCGGAGAACGUACUGCUCCAUCUGCACACACUGUCUGGUCCGAUCAUUGAGACCUCGACGAGGAUCGCUUUUGCGCCCUGGGACAUCACUUGGGACGGAGGCACAGACCUCUUGGCAGCUGCUUCUCUGGGAGAGUUCUCCGGCGAGGCAGGUGCAUGGAGCGAGGUCCAGGACUUCAAUUGGCUCAAGCGCCAGGCGUCGCCCAACUGGCGACUGGUCCCUGCAGAGAGGCGGAGAAAGCCACUAAAGCUGCGGAACGCUGAGGAGGUGCUGGAACACUACAGCCAGCUGCCUCUCCCGCCUGCUUUGCCGGAGAUGGCGCAGCAGGAGGCCUGCUGGCAAAACGAUGCCGCAGCCGGUGCCGAAGAAGAUGAAUUCUGA